AUGUCAAAUUCUAAAUUUCCUUCUACUGAUUCAUCAUCAUUACAUAGUAUUCAAUCUCAAUAUCAACUAUCUCCUGAUUUAAUCAUCAAAAUUGAUGAUAUUAUCAAUAAUCACAAUUAUCAAUUGUUUUUUGAUCGCCAUUUGUCUUACGAUCAACUUAUGUUUAUUCUUAAUCAUCCAAAUUGUAUGGAGAGGGAAGUUCUUGAUUUCAUCAUCAAUCAACUAGAACAUUUAAUAUCCGAUGAAAAUAUUCGACAAGUCUAUUUAAAUAAUCUUUAUAUAUUUGCUGGUUGCUUUAAACUUGUCGAUCGUUAUACAUAUAUUCGUGGUAAUAGAAUCUACUUGGAUGAUGAUGACGAUGAUGAUAAUGAUAAUCAAACACUUCCUGACGAUGAUACAAGUGAUUCUGCUUCAUUACUUACUGAUCGAAUGGAGGAUAUUGAAAAUGUUGUGAUGGAUGAUAGUGAUUUAGAAAAUUUUCUCGAGGCGUUUCAUGAUUGUACAUCAAGUGAGAGCGAAGAGGAUAAUUAG